UUUUCGAACCGUUUGACACGGUUGAGCCGGGUGGAAAGCAGGAUUUAUUUUGAAAGCCACGCGAACCGGAAAUGACUGACACGAGCUGGAUCAGCUGAUAUAAAUGUUGGCGCAGCGUUUUGGCCGGUGGAGGAACCAGAGACCCGGGGACCGGUUCGGCGAGUGUGACGACUGGCCCGUGGACAGGUAAACGGCACCUGGCGCCAGCAUGGACGAAGAGAGGAGGCGGCUGCUGGACGCGGAGAGCAGGGACGAGAGCCCCGCGGGGCUCAUGUCCGAGCAGGAGGCCUACAUGAGCAAAGUGAAGAACGGGAAGCUGUACUUGUCCACGUUCGUGUCCGUGCUGGGCCCCAUGAGCUUCGGCUCCGUGCUGGGGUACAGCUCCCCGGCCAUCCCCGAGCUCAGCCGGAUCUCUGACCCCCGGCUCAGGCUGGACGCCACGCAGGCCUCCUGGUUUGGGUCCAUCGUGACGGUGGGGGCGGCGCUGGGCGGCCUGCUGGGCGGCUGGAUGGUGGAUAAAAUCGGCAGGAAGCUCAGCCUGAUGUUCUGCGUGCUGCCCUUCGUCUUCGGCUUCGCCGUCAUCAUCGCCGCGCAGAGCGUGUGGAUGCUGCACGCCGGCCGGGCGCUGACCGGCCUGGCCAGUGGCGUCACCUCGCUGGUCGUCCCGCUGUACAUUUCUGAGACGGCCCAUGAGAAGGUCCGCGGCUCGCUGGGCUCCUGCGUGCAGCUCAUGGUGGUGCUCGGCAUCCUGGGAGUUUACCUAGCAGGCCUCUUCCUGGACUGGCGCUGGCUGGCCAUCUGCUGCUCCGUCCCGCCCACGCUGCUGAUGGUGCUCAUGUGCUUCAUGCCGGAGACGCCGCGCUUCCUGCUGUCGCAGGGCAAGCGGCGGGAGGCCGAGGAGGCGCUGCGCUUCCUCCGGGGCCCCGACGCCCCCGUGGAGUGGGAGUGCGCCCGCAUCGAGGACGCCUGCGACGGACAGGGCUCCAGCCUCCAGCUGUCGGACCUCCGGGACGCCGGCGUGUGGAAGCCGCUGCUGGUGGGCGUGAUGCUGAUGCUGUUCCAGCAGCUGACCGGCAUCAACGCCAUCAUGUUCUACGCCGAGGACAUUUUCCAGCAGGCGCACUUCAAGGAGAGCGACUUGGCUUCGGUGAUUGUCGGCCUGAUUCAGGUCGUCUUCACGGCCAUAGCGGCGCUCAUCAUGGACAAGGCCGGCCGGAAGGUCCUCCUCAUCAUCUCAGGUGUCGCCAUGACGAUUAGCACGGCGGCGUUCGGCAUCUACUUCUACCUGAUGUCCAAAGCCAGCGGCUCCUCGGUGUCGGACCUCCAGAGCCGGGCGGCGGCGGACGCCCACCCCGAGCUGGCCUGGCUGGCCCUGGCCAGCAUGGCCGUGUUCAUCUCAGGCUUUGCCAUCGGUUGGGGCCCCGUCCCCUGGCUCAUCAUGUCCGAGGUGUUCCCGGUGAAGGUGCGGGGCUUCGCCAGCGCCGUGGUGGUGCUCACCAACUGGAGCAUGGCCUUCGUCGUCACCAAGACCUUCCAGGACAUGAUGAACGUGUUGACCAGCGCGGGGACUUUCUGGCUCUUCUCCUCCGUCUGCCUCCUCAACGUGGUCUUCACCAUGGUCUUCAUCCCCGAGACCAAAGGCAAGACCCUGGAGCAGAUCGAGGCCAUUUUCAGAGGCACGUCGGGUCCCUGAGGCCGCCCCCACCAACCCAAGGACCUGGUUUUUCCAAAUGACCGCUCCCCUGGGGGGCGCUGGGCCUUUAGAGGACGCCCUCUGACCCCUCCCGGCUGAUCUUAAACACAUCAGGGGUUUGUUUAUGCGCAGGGCGGUUUAAGCUAACGGGGAACGGCAGGAGGUCCUUCAGAGCCUGACUGGAGCCAAAAGGCCGUUUGCUCCACUGUCCGCUCUUCACGCAGCACUAAAUCAGGACUUUUCACUCAUUUUUGGACUUUUUGAAACGUCUUCCAUGUUGUUGAAUCAGGUGGGGGGGGCGGGGGGGUUCUGGCAGGUCUCACAGCGACACACUCACUGGGUUUUGAGCCAUUGGUUCUCUGAUUCUGGAGACAAAUUAAUGGGGUUUUUAAACCAAAAUAUCUGUUCUCACUGUUGAUUCGUGGAGGAAAUUGGUAUUUAAUUGCAUGAAUAAUGUGGAUCAAAAUCUGCGGGUUGUUGGGAAUAUGGGUGAGUUUUUGUAAUGUUUUGGGAUAAUUUUCUAUCGGUGCACUUCUGAAGAUCAACUGAUUCUUCUUCUUUGGUUUAUUAGCAUGUUUUUAGCCUGGUUGUGUGUGUGGGAUAAGGAACAGCUCCAGGUGUUACUCAGUCAUUCCCCUCCACAGGUUUUACUCUUCAGCUGCAUCCGUCAAACCUCUGAAAACCAGAAUGACAGCGAAUCUUUUUGUGAAAUGUUUGUGCCAAUAAAGUUUUUUUUAAAUUGUUUUUUUUUUUAACAUCUUGAUCUAUGUUAUCAUCUAAAACGGGCUGAUUUUUUUUCCCCAGCCUUUGUCUGCAAAUCAACAGUUUGAACACCAAAAUCUUUUUAUCUCAGACAGAAAUGAGGGAAGUUACUGUGAUGGAAAAUAUCAGACCUUUAAUCCUUAGAAUAACUUGUUAAUUUCACAUAAACAUUCAUGUAUUGAGUCUAUAAUGGCUCCCAGAUUCCCAGGUUAGGAGAGUGAGUUUUUCAAUCCGUCUUUAUUUUCUACAAAGACAAUUUUCUCUCGUUUACCUUUAAAAUGUACAAAAUCUGAAAGAUGGCUGCAAAUGAAAGUUGUGUAUUUUUUCCUCAAAUAAAACCAAAAAAGUUUGAAACCAUUUAUUUCCAUUGAAAGACAUCAUAAACUUGUAGACUUUUUUGUCUA